AUGGCGAGCGGGGAGCAAGGCCCUUCGCCGGGCUCCAUAACCGCGAUACAGGUUUUGGCCUCGUACGCGCCGGCCGAGCUCGUCCUGCGGCACGCCGCGGACCGCCACCCGGCGCCGCCGUCGGCGCCGGAGCGAGAGGAUUUUGAGGGCGCCGUCGGCUUUGUGGAUGUCUCCGGCUUCACCGCCCUCUCCGAGCGGCUGCAAAAGGACUUUGGGAACAAGGGAUCGGAGAAGCUCAAUCAGUACAUCAACUCCUACCUCACGCGCUUGAUUGACGGCGUCUCGCACCACGGCGGCGAUGUGAUCAAGUUUGCGGGCGACGCGCUGCAGGCCCGUGAUCCGCCGCCUGUAGACGAGAGGUGGUCUGGAGAGAGCGCGGCGGCCGCACCGGCACUAGGGCCGCUCUCGACGCAUGUGCUGCGCGCGAGCCUGUGCUGCCUGCAGCUGCUUGAGCGCGAAAACAACUUUUCGCCGGUGCCGGGUGUCACGCUGACGCUGCACAUGGGCAUCGGCGCGGGCGACCUGUCCGCCUUCUGCGUGGGUGGGCACGCGGGCAAGUGGGAGUACUUCAUCGCCGGGGAGCCGAUCGAGCAGAUGGCGGUCGCCACCGACCUCGCCACCUCGGGACAACUCGUCAUCUCUGACCGUGCACUCGCCUUGCUCGCCGCCGCCGCGCCGCUCACACCUUCGCCGCUCCACCCGCCCGACCCCGCGCCGGCUGCGGCGGACGAAGUCCGCGACCCGCUGGGCGAGGGCUCCGGCAACGGCGGAGUGGGCUCGGAGGCGAGCAGCGGCUUCCGCGAGGGCCACUUUCGGCUCGACAAGAUUGUGCCUCCGCGCGACGUCGGCGACGAGUGGCUCUGCGCGUCGGAUGGGAGCCGGAGGGGCGCGGCGCGGCUGCCGCAGGCGCAGCAGCGCCGCCUUCCGUCGGGCCUGCCGCCCGCGCAGCGCCUUCCGUCGGGGCUGCCGCCCGAGCCGCACGCAGCAGCAGCGCCCGAGUUGGGCCGUGGCGGGGGCAGCGCCGCUCCCGACAGCGGCGUGCGGUCGGGCGCGACGCCGCGCGCGCAGCUGUCCGCGGCGAGCAAGGCGGGCAGCGGCGGCACGCCGGGCAGCGGCUCCGACGUGCGCCGUUUGGCGGCGAUGGCGCUCGCGACGGCUCCCUCCUCCGCGCGCGAGACGACGAGCUCCACGCGCGCAACACCGGCGGGGGAGGCGAGGUCCGCGGCGCCGCUGGCACACGGUUCGUCGUGGCGGCAGCUCACCUCGGGAGGGCUCGGGGGCUCGUCUGCCGCCGAGCCGCGCGACGGCGGCGGGAGCAGCAGCCGCGCGCUGGCGGACCCGCUCGGCGGGGGGGAGGGCGGCCUCAGCCUCGGCGGCAGCAGCGGGUCGGUGCUCGGCCUCGAGGAGAUUGAGCCGCCGCAGCUGCUCCAGCAGUGCGUGCGCGCCCCAUUCCUUGAGUACGGAGGAGCGAGCUCUUCACUGACGGCGAGUGAGCUGCAGGCGUACGUGCCGGACCUGAUCGUCGAGCGCGCGGGGCAGCUGGACGGCCUCUACGUCUCGGAGCACCGGAAGCUGGUGUCGGUCUUUCUCAAGGUGAUCGGGCUGGGCCGGCAGGCGUGCGAGAGAAGCAGGGCGUGCGAGAUAGACGACAUGGCGCGCUGCCACGCCGCGGUGAACAUCGUGCAGGAGAAGGCCGGCUCGCCGCUGCGGCGCGAGUACACGCUCAACGGGUCGCACGCCGCCUCAAAGUACUCCAUUCCCGUCCUCGUCGACCGGGCGACGCAGCAGGGCGCCGAGCUCCACGCGUGCGCGUGCGAGGUCGACAAGACGCUGGAGCCGAUCUCCGUCAAGGGCCGCGUCGAGCCCGCGUCGAUGGCCGCGCUCUCGCCCGACACGCGCAAGCGGCCGACCGGCCCCGCGGCCGUGUCGGCCAAGGAGCAGCUCGGCGGCGCCAAGUCGCCGCGGCUGGCGGACUCGGGCAGCGACGGCGUCGUCGAGCGCACGCUCGGCCGGCAGGCGGGGGCGAGUUAG